GCGAAGUUAUCGCUUCGAGUAAAUAUCACAAAAUUUUUCAAGUGUUCGAUUUUUCCGCUCAGUCGGGUUUGAUUCUGCCCAUUAUGCGGCAGGUUAAGUCGCUCUCAAAUUCGCAAAGAAGAUUCGUGCCUGUGGGGAAUUUGGACAAGUUGUGAGUGCUCCAUUUCGAUUUGUCAUCCAACUCGUGCCUUAUAGUAACCGGAAUUGAAACUGGCUGAUGAUGAGCAACGAAGCAAAUUCCACUUCAAAUGGUUAUGCAUCAACGACGUUAGCUGCCGACUCAGCAGUUCACAGGUCUACUGAAGAAAUAGAAAUUCCCGUACCGUGGGGCACUGUAGCUGGCAAAUGGUGGGGCUCACGACAGAAACAACCAGUGCUGGCUCUACAUGGAUGGCAGGACAAUGCGUGCACCUUCGAUCGUUUGUGUCCACUGCUCCCGGAUGACAUACCGAUUCUGGCCAUCGAUCUACCCGGCCACGGUAAAUCUUCACACUAUCCAAAGGGAAUGCACUACUACAUUUUCUGGGAUGGUAUUUCAUUGAUUCGACGCAUCGUGAAGUAUUUCAGAUGGAGCAGAAUUUGGUUGCUCGGACAUUCACUUGGUGGUGCGCUGAGUUUUAUGUAUGCAGCGGCAUUUCCGGACGACGUGGAAGGUUUUAUCAGUAUUGACAUUGCGGGCCCACCAGCCCGUGACCAUCGGAAACAGGCGGCCAACUUGGGUGAAAGUAUUGACAGAUUUCUGCGCUAUGAAACGCUCCCGGAAUCGAAAACGCCCUGCUAUAAGUAUGACGAUGCUAUCGAUGUGGUGGUAGCGGCUUACGAUGGUUCGGUAGAUCUACAAUCGGUGGAAGUGAUGAUGCGACGAGGUAUGGCUCCAGCGCCAGCUCAUACCGGCCUGGACGGAUUUUGUUUCUCAAGAGAUUUACGAUUGAAGGUGGCUCUUAUGGGGAUGCUUUCGCUGGAACAGAUCCUCGCAUAUGCUGAGCGUAUCAAAUGUAAAGUGCUCAAUAUUCGGGCGGUACCUGGACUGCAUUUCGAUAAUCCCGCUUACUAUCCCAGCGUGAUCGAGACUAUGAAGAAAUCUGCUAGCAAGGUUGUUUAUGUAGAGAUUCCAGGAACCCAUCAUCUUCAUUUAGUUACUCCCGAGCGGAUAACUCAGCAUGUGACUGAUUUUCUUCUGGAUAGAAACUAAUAACUUUCAAAGUGUACAAAAUGUAGCUUAAAAUAAUCAAGCCGUACCUAUCUGCACAGCAUUUUACCCGUUAUCUGUAUUUAUACCUACUUGUUGAUACACAGCGCACCCAAUAAGGUCUAUAUUCUCCGUUGAGCGGAUCUUCUCAGUAGAAGUUAAAUAAGACAUGUGAUCGCACUAUGCUGCCGCUUAAGCGAACUAGCAAAACUGUACCCUAAAUUAGACACAAUAAAAUAUAUCAAGAUGGGAAAAGAAAAAGUGCUUGGUGAGAUUUGACAGAUAUGUACGUUUUAGAAGUUAGAAGCAACAGAACUAAGAAAAAAGUUGUGAUAUAUUUUUGUACAUAUUCUUUACAGCAGUUAAUACACUUUUGUAUAUUGUAA